AUGGUUGCCAGCACAAUUUCAACGCUGCAAGACAAUUCCGCUCACGGCGAAGACAAUCUGCUGACCCGCGACCUGGGCAACGGAGAAUUCUUGGACGUGGUGAUGGACGGAGUCACGGGCCACGGCGGCGCGGAAGCCAGCAAGGAGCUCGGAGAAGCUCUGGCCGAUAGCAAGGCCGAUUCCAUCGACGACAUCACAGCCACCAUCAACGAAGUCAAUGAUGAGUUUUUCGGCGUCGGUGGGGGACGUUUUCUGUUGACCACAGUCUCGGCUGUCCUUUGUCGCGACGGUCGCCUCUACGUGACCGCCGCCGGCGACAGCCCCAUCAUCCUCGUGACCCCCGACUCACACGAACGGCUCUGUGGGCGCCUCGGAGGGUUCCUGCACGUGGGUGUGGCCCGUGCUGUCGGCGCGGCUGCCGAGUUGGGACAGAUGGUGCAGAAGGACGUUGACAUUGAACCCGGCGUCAAACUCGUCAUGGCCACCGAUGGCGUAACCGACAACAUGGACGUCGACGAACUCGCGGAAAUCGUGCGCAGUUCGGCCACGCCCGAGGAAGCCGCCGGGCGCAUCGAGGAAAUCAUCGCCGGCCGGCUUGUCGAGGGCCGGGUGCCGGAAAAGCUGGGUGUGCGAUUCCGAUACGACGACCGCACCGCCAUCAUCCGUUUCUUCGAAUAG